GACUUCCUGUGAGGCUCCCGCUCAAACUAUUCGCGCGCCUGCUGUACCGGAAAAAGAGGACGACGACGACGCUCGCAUGUGCGUCAAGCAAGGCACCAAUGUCCCAAGACAUUCCGAAUAAGGGGGACCAGCCCCAGUCCCCCUCGCAGGCCCAGUCCACUCUGUCCCCGUCGCAGGCCCAGUCCAAGUCCCAGGGCGGCUCCAGUUCCUCCAGUGGCCCCACGUCAGGCAGCCAGUCAUCAAGUGGCUCGGGGACGCUGAGCAGCGUGGACACGCUUCCUGUCACCUUGCCAUCCGUCCCCGAGGAGCCCGAAAGUCAACCUUGGGGACGCCUGCUGCCCAUGCAGAACGGCUUCCGCGCUCACGAUUGCGUGGAGGACGAGUAUUUGUUUGGCCGAGACUCCAAAUGUAAUUACGUCCUGGACGAUCCGGAUCACAAAGGAUCCUUACGAUUUCGAAUUUACAGCAAGAAACACUUCAGGAUCUACAGGGAGGGCACCGAGGUGUUUGUUCAGGACCUGAGUAACAACGGGACCUUCGUUGACGGGAACAAAAUCGGACGCAACAAGAAACUUCCUCUGGUCAACAACGCAGUGCUGGCGCUGUCGGAGCAUCGCAACAAAGUGUUCGUCUUCAUCGACCUGAUGUCUGACCAAGAGUCCACGUUGCCCGGGGAGCUUCGUGACAAAUAUCUGCUGACUCGACGGAUCGGGACAGGGGUGUGCGGCGAGGUGAAGCUGGCGUUCGAGCGCUCCACGUGUAAGAAGUUUGCGGUGAAAAUCAUCAACAAGAGCAACUUCAAGUCUGAAGGAACGGCCACAAGAAAUGCCCAAACGGAGAUCGAAAUUCUUCAACGCAUCGAUCACCCGUGCCUCAUCAAGACCAAGGACUUCUACCAGACGGACGACACCUUCUUCAUCGUGCUGGAGUUGAUGGAGGGCGGCGAGCUGUUCAACCGCCUCAAAACGCAACAGCGACUGAGCGAGGCCACGGCCAAGCUAUACUUCUACCAAAUGUUGAAAGCCGUGCAGUACCUGCACAGCCAGGGUAUCAUCCACCGGGACCUGAAACCGGAGAACAUCCUCCUGUCGUCGCAGGAGGACGAUUGCCUCAUCAAGGUGACGGACUUCAACCAGUCGCGGAUCCUGGAGGAGGCGGCCCUGAUGAGGACGCUGUGUGGGACGCCAUCCUACCUGGCGCCCGAAGUUUUGACGCACGCCGCCACCGGCGGAUACGGGCUGCCCGUCGAUGCCUGGAGCCUCGGCGUGCUCCUCUUCGUCUGCCUGUGCGGGUACCCGCCGUUCCACGAGAACUUCUCGGAGCUGUCAGUGAGCGAGCAGAUCAUGCAAGGCCAGUUCACGAUGGUGCCGUCCAAGUGGCAGCACGUGUCCGACCAGGCCAAGGACGUGGUGAGGAAGCUUCUGGUGGUGGCGCCUGCUAACAGGAUGAGCAUCGAUGAGGCGCUCCAGCACGCUUGGAUGCAGGACCCCGUAAUGUUGGAGAAAGCCCAUCGACUGAUGUAUCCAUCUUCUGAUGCUGAGGAUGUUGCCAUGGAAGCCGGGCCAGCGCCGUCGUCGUCAAGGAAACGACUGCGAGAAGACCCGGAUGACGAGGGACGUCCUGCCAAACAAGCCCCGCCCACUGGCAUGCAAUAAGGCACAUGUAAAUGUUCUCCAAUAAAGUCAGAUUUAUUCUUUUUUUU